UCAGUUCAGGAGGGACCGUCUUCUGUUCACUCUUUGUCUUCAAACAGGAACAAUAACUGUCCAGCAUCAGCAGCACACACCAGGGAUAAUAAAGAGAGAGGAAGGUACCGGUAAACAUGGAGGAGUAUAACUCUGGAGAUGAGGUACUUUUUAAUGCAGAUGAAGCCAGUGUCUCAGUUAAAGAGUGUAUUGAAGGUGUCAUUGGUGGAACAGAUUACAACCAGAAUAAAGUGAAUCAAUGGACUGCCAGUAUAGUGGAGCACUCUCUGACUCACCUGGUGAAACAAGGACGGUCGUUCAAGUACAUAGUGAACUGUACCAUCAUGCAAAAGAGUGGAGCAGGUCUCCAUACAGCAAACUCCUGCUACUGGGACACCGCCACUGACGGCAGCUGCACAGUCAGGUGGGAGAACCGCACCAUGUACUGUGUUGUCAGCGUCUUUGCUGUGGCUGUAGCGUAGCAGCACAGAGUUACUCCUCUAACAUCAUCGCGUCUAAAGCUGAGCUUGAAACGGCACCGUGACCAAGACACCGAGAAGAUCUUUUUGAUGAUACCUUUUGGUAGAUGUUGACGUACAAGUUGCUGAUUUCUCCCCACAGCCAUUAACAACAUAACUGAUGGGGAGUUAUAGUUGAGUGGUGGUUUGUGAGUGUGGAUGAGAUGACUGUCAAUAUCGUGGCCACAGAGUGGAAGUCUGAUGCAGUAUCUAGAAGUAUGUCCUUCCAACAUGUCAAGGGGCUUUGGUGAAGAAUUUAAUAUUUUAUCUCUAACCCUUAAUAUUGUAACCAGUGAACCUUUAGUAGCUGUUCUCAUUUGUUUUCAUCUGUAACAUUCCUAAUAAUUAAAUAAACCGACUGAACUGUUGUAGAUGAAAUUGCUAACAGUAGUGACACUAAUCGUCUGUAUCUAUUCUAGUCUUUGUACUGGUCUCUGUUAUUUUUCCCUGGAUUUCUGUUAAAGUAUGUAUUUGUUCAAUCAUUUAAUUUGUUCCAAUAUGUACAUUGCACUUUCAUUAAAUGUAUUUGAUUAUCAUUA